AUGCUUGGUGGGGGCCGAGUACCAUCCAGGUCACGGUCGCGGAGAUCGCUGCUGGUGCCUCCGAUGUUUGUGGUUGAAAACCAGCGAUCCAGCUUCCCCAAAAUCAUUGGCAAGGUUAUGCCAAAUGACCUGACCGGGAAUCGUAUGUUUCGGCUGACGGGCAAGGGGGCAGACGAGCACCCGGUUGGUGUGUUCUCCAUCGACAGGUACUCGGGCGAGGUGUCCGUCAGCCGCUCUCUCGACCGAGAAGUCAUCUCCGUAUACCAGCUCCAGGUGUCUACGGUGGACAUGAGUGGCCAUCUAGUGGAGGGUCCUGAGGUGCUGGAGAUAUCCGUCAUCGACCAGAACGACAACCGGCCCAUCUUCAGGGAGCUGCGCUAUUCAGGAGAGGUGCUGGAGGGAUCGCCCACAGGCACGUCUGUGAUGACGAUGACGGCCAUGGAUGAGGACGACCCCAACACGGACAACGCGGUGCUGCGUUACAACAUCAUACGCCAGUCGCCGGAGAAGCCGUCACCCCACAUGUUCUACAUCGACCCCGACAGGGGACACAUCCUCACCGUCAUCUCCCCCACCCUGCUUGACAGAGAGACUCUGCCCACCACCACGUAUGAGCUGGUGAUCGUGGCGAAGGACAUGGCGGGCAGCGAGCUGGGACUGACGGGCACGGCCACCGCCACCAUCACCAUCACCGACCGCAACGACCACGCGCCCGAGUUCACACACUCGCUGUUCCAAGCAGUGGUGAAUGAGGGCUCGACUGGUGUGGUGGUGAACCUGACGGUAGAUGACCGUGACGACCCAACUAAGGGGACCUGGCGAGCAGUCUACUCCAUCAUCAACGGAGACCCCAACCAGAGUUUCGAAGUCACAACUAACCCAGACAACAACGAGGGAAUGGUAGCCGUCGUCAAGCCACUGGACUAUGAGGGCAAGGUGUAUCACACCCUGCUGAUAAAGGUGGAGAAUGAGGAGCAGCUGGUUCCAGAGGUGGGCUACGGCCCCAGCUCCACAGCCACCGUGUACGUGACGGUGCUGGAUGUGAACGAGGGGCCCAUCUUCCACCCCAACCCCAUGCGGGUCACCAGGCAGGAGAACAUCACAGAGGGCAGCUUCGUAGCCCUGCUCAACGCCACAGACCCAGACUUCCUCCGGGGUCAGAGCAUCAGGUUUUCAAUCCUCAGAGACCCGGCGGGCUGGCUAAGUGUGAACCCUGUGAGGGGAACGGUCAACACCACCGCCGUGCUAGACCGUGAAUCUCCCUACGUCCACAACAACCAGUACACGGCUGUAUUCACCGCCUCAGACAAUGGUGAUCCCCCAGCCACAGGCACAGGCACACUGGUCAUCACCCUGGAGGAUGUGAAUGACAACGCCCCCUACGUGUACCCGUCGGUAGUGCGCAUAUGCGAGGAUGCCAAGGAGCUGAACGUGUUCACGGUGAGCGGGAGAGACAGGGACAUCUACCCCAACGGAGAGCCCUUCAGGAUCGAGCUGGCACAGCAGCCAGGCCUGGACAAGACGUGGAGGACCUCCCGCAUCAACACCACACACUCCCAGGUGAUGCUGCUCCACAGCCUGAAGAGAGCCAACUACCAGCUCCCCCUAGUGGUGGCAGACUCCGGCACGCCCUCUCUGACCAGCAACAGAGAGGUCAAGGUGCUGGUCUGCACCUGCAAGAAGAACAGGAUGGACUGCAAUGGCGCCACGUCGUUGCACUCUUCGUUCCUGGUGUCACUGCUGCUAGCUGCCACCACCACACUGCUGCUCCUGCGAUACACAUCAUGAGUCCUGUGUAAAGAGACAUCAGCAUGUCACCACAUGACAAGAGGACAUGGGAUGGUGAAGAAAGAAGAAAACGAGAUCAGGAAAGGAGAGCGGACCAGGGAACUUAAGAGGACAUUUCACAGUUGCAGUCCCAUUGAAAUUCAUACACUUACAAAAUGUCUUUUUUUUACAUGCAAAGGCCAGACCCUCAUUUCACUGCUUAUGAAGCAUGGGGCUGCUUUGAGCUUUGGCAAUGUCCAUGAUGUCCAUGUGCAGUACUGUAGCUGUGGUGUUACUGCUCGCUGUUCAAAGUAAGGCAGAGGUACUCAUGAUUGAUGCAUUAAAAUGCACUGAAGAAGGCCCAGUAGGGCAACAAGCGUAGGCACAUUUUUGUUAAUACAAAUAUAUUGUAAUGCAUCAAGUUUGCGUGCCUUGGAUCUGUCUUAUUUUCAACAAAGCUGGGCUGCAUUUCUCAAAAGUGUAGUUGUUAGCCAGUUAUGCCUCUUUUCCACUGCCGUUUUUCUGGCAGGCCUACAGCUCGACACAGCGCGACUCGGCUGACACUUUUUGCUUUUCAA